AUGAAAACCUUCUGCCUGUUCGUCUACAUUGCUGUUGUUGCUGUGGUCUUUGCUGGCACCGAUCACAGCCAGCAUCAGAGCGGCGCCAAGGCAGGCGAGCUUGUGCACUGGGUCACCGGCACCAAUACAAAGGGGGCUGUCACACUCAACCACACGGGCCUGUCCUCCUUGAAGGCGGAAGCAACUGCAGCAGUGACCACGACUACGACCACGGUCAAAUCUGUCGAGGAAACAAAGGCCACUGAGGCAGUGAAGGCAACAGAUGCAGCAGCUCCAGCGGCAGCUCCAGCAGCUGAGGCUGGCAAGGAUUCCGCCGAGGCGCAAAAUAACACCAUCACCACUGACAGCAGCAUCGCCAACGUCACCACCACAGAAGCCGAAGUGACCACUACAACAGCUGCACCUGCCGCUGCUGCUGCCACAGAUCCAAAAGCUGCCAAGCCGGCUGUGAAAAAGUAA